UGCUUGCCCGAGGCCUUGCUGCUCCGGUCAACUAUUGCAGUGUUUAAAUAAUUCUUCUAAAACUUCAAACGUUUGUGAAAAUGAUAUGGAACGUAUCGUGUCAGAGACUUUGUCUUCUAUAUUGGCAAAAGGUCUGCUUUGUGGGUGUCGACAGCCUUGCACUUCUCAAACUUCGGGAUUCGACCCACAACUUCUUAUUACACAACUUACCUGUGCAGCAAAGAAGGCUAUUGAAUUUUUAACAACGUCUAUGGGUUCUGUAGGAGCCGGUCUUAUCAAUUCUUGUAAUUCUCAAAACUGUUCCCCUUGCAAUACUGGAACAUCUUGUUUGUCAACUACCCAAUCAUGCUGUGCUGCAUCACACUCUUGUGAUCUUUCAAGUACACUCUCCAAGUGCAUUCAAAAAUCUUUAACAUCUGCACUUUUAUCGGCUUCUGAUCAUGGAUGUUACACUAAUCACCCGCUUAAUCUGGGCUACGACCACCUAAUAAAGAGUGUUGUACAAGAAACUCUAAAUUCUUUAAAGCCAGCUGGUUUGACUUCUUCGGUUUCUCAACCUUUGCCAAACCAUCAGUGUUGCAAUCAUGGUCAUUUCGCCUCGAUCUGUUCGUGCGGUCCGAAUUGCAAGUGUGGUAACGCGUCCUCCUGUUUCCGUCAGUGCAAAACUUCCAAAAUUUGUAAAUGCGGGUCAUACCAGUGCCCCUGUUCCUCUCGAUGCAAAUGCAGUAGUGUUAAAAACGAAAAUUGUAACUGUGGUUCGUCUUGUUGCUGCAAUAGCAAAUAUAACAGUCGCCAUAUGAAAACGCAAGACGUCUAUAAAGGCUGCCCUUCUUCAUUACCUUCACAAGGCUCGCGCAAUUGCUCAACUGGAAAUAAUUUGGAUUCAUAUAACUUAUCGGAUUUGUGUAGAAACAUCGCUACCGAAAUAUUAGCUAAUCUCUCAUCAGCCGCUAAUAAACGAAGUGAUUGUCAGUGCCGUGUUCAUAAUUUUCAUUGCAGUUCUGGUUGUAUCAGUCAUAAAUGUCGCUCUGCAAAAGGAUUUUCUUGCCUAGAUUCCUGUAAACCUUUAAAGCAGUGCGGCUGUUGCUCUAAUAGAAGUACUCCUUCCUGCAAUUCUAAGAUAGCUACUUCCACUUGCUGUGAUCUUCCUGCUGAAACUUCUUAUAAAUCUCAAUGUAGUUCUCCUUCCGAGAAUUAUAAAAAGCAAAUAAUUGAAGCGGUUUGUAAAGCUCUUCAAGGUAUGAACUUAUCCUCCUUCUCCAAUUGCGGUUCGUCUUGUAAUCAGCGUAGAGUUGAUUGUGUUACUGUUCCCAUUUCUGAAGAGAAUGAAAAGAAUUCAUUUUGCUCCAACGGUUUAGCCGAAAAAAAAAAUCUGGAGCCUCGAAACGGAUUGGUGCACAAACAUACCAAUAAACGAUGUCCGGCUUGCCAUAAAACACAGAAAUCUGAAGUGGCGGCGUGCCCCACUCACGUCUGUCCUCCGGGCGAGUUGAAUGGCGUUCUUAAGCAUACAAAUUUAAAUGGCUUGCUUAAAAAUGCUUUAUGCGGCCUUUUAAAUAGUACUGUGACAAGCCAUGCAUGCUGUAUUUCUCCAAACAAGCGAACGAAGUGCUUUGAGACUACAGAUUGUACACCACUGGAUUCACCGUCUAUUAAAAAUAUGAGCGUAAAGCAACUAAAAAUUUCGCUAGCAAAAUUAGGCGUAGUUUUUAACCACUGCCGCUCUAAAGAUGAGUUAGCCCACUUGCUUAAAUGCAAGCUUAAUCAGCCGCAAGAAGAGAGUACCGCGGAAGUGAAUUUACAAGUAGAACCAGCUUUACCUCUUGAUGAAGCUUGCGAGGAACUUGAAGCAUCGGCUCCAACGCUGGAAGAUGAAGAUACUAGCGAGCGGAGUAGCAAUGCUUUACCUAUUCUACCCGCUGGAGAAUUAAGUUCUGAGCAAACGCCUGCAUCUUCACUUCCUGGAGUCACUAUGGCCGGUGACGAUGUAGCUCCAUUGGAUUCCAGCCCUUUAUCUAAAAACACGUGUCUUGACUUUCCUAUAGUCCCAACAACUCUUAAAUGUUCUGCAUGUAAUCGCGUUUUUAAUCCUGGUUCAGAAAAGCAGAAAGUAAAACUUUCAUGCGGGCAUUUUAUACACGAAAAGUGCGCACGCACUUUCCCUACUAAUAUAAAUUGUUCCUUAUGCAGAAAUACUGAGAAAACGCCGGAAUUGGGGGUAGACUGAUUCAGCUUGAAAGCACGGAAGUUAUAUUUGUCUUCUAC